GGUGUAUCUGUCGUCCUGCAGCUCGAGCUCGACUAGGUCAAAAGGGGGCAUACUGAUGAGUCCAGAAGAUGUAUAAGAAGGAGGUAAUCCAACACCUCUGGAACAUACCUGCCUUCUUCUCAUCAUCACAACAACAAACAAUCAAAUAAUUCCAACAACUUCCAAUAGCUUUAUAGCAAACACCACCUUUCUACCUUCAGUCACCAACCCCCAACCUUCAAUAUGCCCACCGAAGCCCAGAUUGCCGGCGGCCACAAGGCCAACAUCAACAACCCCAACACCUCUGAGGAGUCCAAGCAGAACUCCAAGAAGGUGCUCGAGAACGAGUUCAACGGCGGCGAUGUCCCCAAGGCCGGCGACAAUGAGGAGAAGAACCCUGGCAACGUUGCUGGUGGCCUCAAGGCCACUCUGAAGAACCCCAACGUCUCUGACGAGGCUAAGGAGUCCGCCAAGGAGCGUCUCGACAACAUGUAAAUGAUGUUUUUACGAACCGAUACCCCCCACCUUAUCGCUUAGGAUGGAGCCGGCUAGCGAAUAUGAAAGAGUCGAGCGUUGUAUCUUAGUCAAUAGGUCUGGCGCAUGCAGGCGAUAAUGAGAACACUGUUAAACUCAA